CAGCAUACACUCCGCUACAGUAUUCCUCUUUCUCUAGUACUCCCACCACGACGCUGCCGUCGUCGACGACGGCGAUGGGGGACAGGUGUCCAAGACUCGAGCUCACUAUACCGACAGAAAGCACGUCUUUCAAACGUUCAUUUGACGAGCUCGGACUCGACUUGGGCAGUCCCAACGGCGAGCGAGGCAACGGCGGCGAGGGCAGCGGCAGCGGUGGCGAGCGCAAUAAACGGGCACGCAGCGAGAGCAAUGCUCGCUCACCAUCGUUGAUACCGUCUUCAUCGAACACCCUGGCGAGUGGUUCAUCUUCAUCCAAUGCAGCCUCUUCACCGCGCGGAGCAAGCCAUGAGGGCAGCGCGUCGUCCGUCGACCUCAUGUCGGACGAGCCUGAAACCCUCGCCGAACCUAUGGACGGCGUCGAGCCCUUGCCCCCCAUUCGUGGCCUCAUGCCGCGUACGUCGCCCCCCACGGAGCAGAACGACCACUUCAGGCUGUCCAUGGAACGCUUCAAUGCUUUUGACAGUAACAUCUCCGUCCUGCGACACUCAGACUCGCCCAUGCCAGGCCCUAGUCUCCCUCGCUCAGCCCGUACAUCGCUAGGUUCAUCGAUGGAGACGUCGCCCGUUUUGGAGGUACCACCCACGCCGAAUCUCAACGUCAUAUCUCGCUCGAGGCCACCCAGUCCUGUCUCGCCUGGUACCGUGAUGUCUCGCCUGAGCUCUGUACCACCUGCUCUACCGCCUGUGCCAACCGUGUCCGGAUGGCUCGCCGAUUUUAAUGGCCAGCUGAGGCCGCUUCCGCAUGACCGUGUCGAUAAUCUGCGGAACCAAUGGGACAGCAGACCUGCUCAAUCCUCCACUCGCUCACAGCCGUUCAGUGGGUGCUCACUCUACCACGCCUAUGGUUCGUCUCUGACCCCCACAGUAGCCGAGCGCCGAAGAGAACAUCCUAUAGGCCCAGAAGAAGCCCUGCGAAGACUGCGAGAAAUACAGCAGUCUCUCGAGGAGUACCUCCAGGGGACAUCUACUUCACUUGACGCCCCGUCCGCGACGAGCCCCUCGUCUCCGGAUCUGACUGGAUUGCCGCCACACGCUCACUCACGACAUUAUCACCGUGAUCCAGACCACGGCGACGCCGAGGCAGACCCACUUACGGCAGAGUUGUCGCUCAUCCGCGAGGCCGUCCGCCGCCUGCAAGCCAGAGCGCGCCAGAUCGAAGCUGUGCAGCGCGCCCGAGGCGACGCUGGUACCGGUGCGCCUAGUGCAGUGCGAUCUGCCUGGGUCACUCUGACGGGAAGGCCAGAGAACCAUCCGCAGUCUGCCGCCGAGGAUAGAGAAGCGCCCUCGUCGAGGCGUUCCUCCACUAACGGGUUAGAGGACCUGCUCCCUGUAGAUCGCGACGAUGCCUUGUUUCCGCUGUCGCUCGUUGCUUCUAACCGGCGUCGUCGGUCCCUUUAUGCCACGCGGCCAGGCGCGUCAAACUCACUCAUGUCUGAGAACGCCGCAGAGUUCCGGAGCAGGAGGGCUCGCGAACAAAUGGAAUCGAUCUCGGCCGAAGGACUCAGAGCGAGUGUCGGCAGCCACCUCCGCUUCUCGCCCGUUGACUGGAGCUUGCCAGGAGUCGACGACGACGCUCGAUCCAACGUUGCAGAUGAGCCUCAUUUCACCCCUGCAGAUUGGUCGCUUCCGAGUUUCCGCGGGUCGACGCGGGCGGACGAUCAGGGCAGACCUGAUACGCGCAGAUCUCAGCCUCAGAGAGCAAGACCAACGCCCAUGGAACCCCAUCCGUACAAUACUCACCAACCCUCAGCCCGUUCACGGACUGAACUGGAACCACCGCGUCUCGGUUCCGUCUCCCCACCUCUGCCGUCCAUGAGCGCAAGCGCGGAUCAAGGGACAUCUCUCGACCACGAGAUCGACUUUACUGGUUAUUUCUUUGAACCAUUCUCGCCCUCAACGCGCGCGCGACCUGCAGAUACAUCGGCGAGCAGGGGACCUGAUCGUUCAACGUUGGACUUGGUAGCGCGGCCCAGUUCUACUUUCGAGUCUUACCGCGAAGCCUUAGACGUGUGGGUACGCGGAGAUGGUCCUGACGAGAUGCCUACCCUCCUGUGCUGACGGCUGAUGAUCGUCAGCCGAGACUAACGGAACCACGAGGAACGUGGGGGUCGUGGGCUCAUAGACCCGCCCGCGUACCGGACCCCCGUAGACGUCGUCGUGAGCGAGAGGAAGCAGAACGCUUGAGAGCGUCAGAUGGUGAUCGAAGGUCGACCGUGGACUCAUCGUCGACUGCCAAUACAGAUGACAGCCUUGAGGCAAACAGUCGACGGAGGCUGUCAAGACUCCUCGUCCUUCGAAGCAUGCGCGGGGAUUCGACGUCCGACGCCGACAACGUUG